AGGAAGUGAUCCGGUGGCUCUGGAGUCCUGUGGAGAAAGUGUUGUUCGCCGCGUCUGUGGCGGCGGGAGCCGGGGUGCCUGGGGAGGCUGGCUGUCCGGCCUCGCCGCAGCGGGGUGCCGUUGCCAGCGCAGCGCCACGGCCCGUCCUCCAGCCCCGAGCCCGGGGCGGGGUCGCCGCUCCUUCGGGCUCCUUAGCGGCGCUCCACGGGGCGCCCACCCGGGCAUCUCCCGGGCCUCCGGCCAGGGCCCCGCGCUCCGGGCCCCCGCGCCCUGCCCCCCUCCCCGAGCCGGCGAGACCCUGGUCCCGAGCGGCAGCCUCGGACCCGGGACUGGACGCCUCCAAGACGCUGAGCCCCGGCCCGCCGCAGACGGGGCUCUGCAUCAUCCCCGACAUGUCCCCCACCGUCUCCCACAAGGACAGCAGUCGGCAGCGACGGCCGGGCGCCUUCGCCCACUCUCUGGACGGGAAGAGCGGGCCUCUGCCGCCGGGCGCCUGGGAUGACAGCCACCCGGACAUGGGGGGCGGGGAGGGCGACAGGGAAGCGCUUCUGCCGGACGCCGGCGCCGCCGACGCGAGGCCCAGCCGGAGCUGCCGCGCCGAGCUGAGCAGCAUUUUGCUGUUGCUUUUCUUUUACGUGCUUCAGGGCAUUCCGCUGGGCCUGGCGGGAAGCAUCCCGCUCAUUUUGCAGAGCAAAAAUGUCAGCUAUACGGAUCAAGCCUUCUUCAGCUUUGUCUUUUGGCCCUUCAGCCUCAAGUUGCUCUGGGCGCCCUUGGUUGAUGCGGUCUACUUCAGGAACUUCGGUCGUCGCAAGUCGUGGCUUGUCCCUACACAGUACAUACUGGGCCUCUUCAUGAUCUAUCUGUCCACGCAGGUGGACCGUCUGCUCGGGGAUGCUGACGGCAGAACCCCCGAUGUGGUUGCGCUCACUGUGGCCUUCUUUCUGUUUGAAUUCCUGGCCGCCACUCAGGACAUCGCUGUGGAUGGUUGGGCGUUAACUAUGUUAUCCCGGGAAAACGUGGGUUAUGCUUCCACUUGCAAUUCAGUGGGCCAAACAGCUGGCUACUUUUUGGGCAAUGUUUUAUUUUUGGCCCUGGAAUCUGCCGACUUUUGUAACAAAUACUUGCGGUUUCAGCCUCAACCCAGGGGAAUCGUUACUCUUUCAGAUUUCCUUUUUUUCUGGGGAACUAUAUUUUUGAUAACAACAACUUUAGUUGCCCUUCUGAAGAAAGAAAACAAAGAAGUAUCAGUUGAUAAAGAAGAAAUGCAGGGGAUCUCAGAUACUUACAAGCUGCUUUUUGCAAUUGUAAAAAUGCCAGCAGUUCUAACAUUUUGCCUUCUGAUUCUAACUUCAAAGAUUGGUUUUUCAGCAGCAGAUGCAGUAACAGGACUGAAAUUGGUAGAAGAGGGAGUACCCAAAGAGCAUUUAGCCUUAUUGGCAGUUCCAAUGGUUCCUUUGCAGAUAAUAUUGCCUCUGAUUAUCAGCAAGUACACUGCAGGUCCCCAGCCACUAAACAUAUUUUACAAAGCCAUGCCCUACAGAUUAUUGCUUGGAUUGGAAUAUGCUCUGCUGGUUUGGUGGACUCCUAAAGUGGAACAUCAAGGAGGAUUCCCUGUGUAUUACUACAUUGUAGUGCUGCUGAGUUACGCGUUACAUCAGGUUACAUUGUACAGCAUGUAUGUUUCCAUAAUGGCUUUCAACGCAAAGGUUAGUGAUCCACUUAUUGGAGGAACCUAUAUGACCCUUUUAAAUACCGUGUCCAAUCUGGGAGGAAACUGGCCUUCUACAGUAGUUCUUUGGCUGGUCGAUCCCCUCACAGUGAAGGAGUGUGUAGGAGCAUCAAACCAGAAUUGUGGAACACCUGAUGCUGUUGAGCUUUGCAAAAAACUUGGUGGCUCAUGUGUUACAGCACUGGAUGGGUAUUAUGUGGAGUCCAUUAUCUGUGUUUUUAUUGGAUUUGGUUGGUGGUUCUUUCUUGGUCCAACAUUUAAAAAGUUACAGGAUGAAGGCCCGUCUUCAUGGAAGUGCAAAAGGAGUAAUUAAUGCACUCACUACUGGGCAUUCUGGAAAGGUAACCAUACUCGAGCUUUGCUUCCGAGAGCCGUGACAGUCAGUGCACAAAAGUAUAUGUUAUUUUAAACAAGGAAAUUAUUGAUAUAAAAUGCCAAAUGGUUAAAAAAUAGAGACCUCUCUGUAUAUUUGAUUCUAUCUUUCCUUGCCUUGUCGAUAUAUUUAAAGUUUACCUAAGGUCAGGAAAUUGGUUCUAAAACAACUCAUCUGGCCUUGUUAUUUGAUUUAUAUCAUUUUAAUUUACUGACCAAAGUGUGUUUUAAGCUGCAAUGCAGUUGUCAUGGGGGGUAACCAUGCAGUCAGGUAUUGUUAUCAGUACCCACAUUGAGCUGUAUUUACAAUUUUGGUAAAAUAUAUUAAAUGGAACAGAGCUUAAUAUUCAGGUACGAACUACAACUAGUCCGACCUUGUUGGCAGUUAAAUCUUAUUUUGAAUUGCAAAUUGGUAAAAUUCUAUGUAGGCUACUGAAAUGUCAUUUUAGUUGUUAUUUUUCUGACCAUAACCACGUUGUACUAAUAAGUCUGUUAAAAAAGACUAUCUUAAAUGUAUUCCCUGCUUUUGUAAGCAUUAAAGAUUUAUAAGGUUAUUCAGACUAUUUUUUAUAAAAUGAAAGCUUUGAUUUUUAAUUUAUUGAUUCCCCUGCCUCCCUUUUUUUGGAAGAUAUUUUGAUUCCUUGUUAAGUUUACAUUAAGUUUAUAUAUGUUUUUUGUUAUAAGUGCUUCUUGGCACACAGACAGCACAUGAGGGGAUCAAAUUUAGUGUGGUAUGUAUGUUUAUGGCAAAGUUUUGAAAAUAAAAAUCAAAUGUUUUUCUUCAAGUA